AUGAGUUUGCGUGACUUUAACAUCAUAUCCACAAUCGUAUCCAUACUGAAGAGUAUUGGUGUUUACUAUGUAUUGGUUGUCCUAUUGGGUGCUCCCAUACUAUCGCAAAAGUUAAAUACACUGUAUUUGUCUGUUUUGUUGACUUCGUUGACAACGAUUCCGAUUCUAGUCUAUUGUAAACACAAUAAUAUCCAGAAUUUGAUGAAUAACUUGAAUUACUUGCGAAUUGAGGCCAAAGCGGAGAAUGUGAUUGUGAAGACAUCGGUGUUGACAGUGAUGGGCAGUUGGUUCGGGGCAUUCCCUCUGGCCCUCGAUUGGAUGCAGCCGUGGCAGGAAUGGCCCGUCAGUUCACACAUGUCUUCAUUUUAUAGCUUAUGA